UAGCUGUGCCCGGCCACGCGUUGUUGUGACGAAGUAUGGUGGUAUGGGAAAUAAAGUAUUGAGGAAUUGGUGGUAGUUAAGGUAAAGGGUAAAGGUUUUCCCCUGACAUUAAGUCCAGUCGUGUCUGACUCUGGGGGUUGAUGCUCAUCUCCAUUUCUAAGCCGAAGAGCUUGCGUUGUCCAUAGACUCCUCCAAGGUCAUGUGGCCGGCAUGACUGCAUGGAGCGCCGUUACCUUCCCGCCGGAGCGGUACCUAUUCAUCUACUCCCAUUUGCAUGUUUUCGAACUUCUGGGUUGGCAGAAGCUGGGGCUAACAGUGGGGACUCUCUCCGCUCCCCCAAUUCAAACCUGUGGCCUUUCGGUCCAGAAGUUCAGCAGCUCAGCGCUUUAAUUUAUCCAACAUAAACGGGCUGGCAGAACGUUGGAUAAGCGAAUAUGUUGGAUAAUAAGGAGAGAAUAAGAAAAAAGCCUAUUAAAUAUCAAAAUAUGUUACGAUUUUACAAAUUAAGCACCAAAACAUCAUGUUAUACAACAAAUUUGACAAAAAUGUAGUUCAAUAUGCAGUAAUGUUAUGUUGUAAUUACUGAAUUUCCAAAAUUAGCACCAAAAUAUCACGUUAUAUUGAAAACAUUGACUACAAAAAUGCGUUGGAUAAUCCUGAAUAUUGGAUAAGCAAGUGUUGGAUAAGUGAGACUCUACUGUAAUUACAGUACUACAUAGCAUUACUGCGCAUGGAACUACUUUUUCUGUCAAAUUUGUUGUAUAACAUGAUGUUUUGGUGCUUAAUUAGUAUAACAAUGACCUAAUUUGAUGUUUAAUCAGCUUUUCCCGAAUCCCUUCUUAUUAUCCAACAUAUUCACUUAUCCAGCGUUCUGCUGGCCUGUUUAUGUUGGAUAAGUGAGACUCUACUGUAUAUUGAUAGUUAUAUUAUCUGCUUAGAACUGGAUUAUACACAGUUAGAUAAAAUGCAUACUGGAGUGGAUUGUAUGGCAAUGUGGUGUCAAGAUAAUCCAGUUCAAAGCAGAUAAUAUAAGAUUCUAAAUGGGUUAUAUAGCUGUUUGGAAGGGCCUUGAGUCUACACUGCCAUAUGAUAAUUUCUGGAAGAGGCCUAAAAGUGAGGCCUAACUGUGCCUGUCCCCUGGGCUGGGCUGAGUAGGUUGCUAGGAGACCAAGUGGGUGGAACUUAGCCUUCUAACUGGCAGCAAUUGGAUAAAAACUAUUAUUCUUCUCCCUGUAAUUAGGACUUUAUUUUUCUUUUUUUUUGUUGUUGUAUCAACCUAGAGCCGUGGAUGAUGGGUUGUGUUGUCAAAUUUCGAGGUUGGGGGGCCUGUAGUUUUGUUGUUUUGUCUGCUGCCCUGAUGCCCUGAUCUCAUCACUCUUUUAUAUAUAGAAACUAGCUGUGCCCGGCCACGCGUUGCUGUGGCUUAGUCUGGUGGUGCUGGUCAGUCUACAUUAGGUUGUAUUUAUGCUGUGAGCUCCACCUUCUUUAUACUCACAUUAGCAGUAGUAUUUGAAGUCUGUUACCUUCUUCAGUUUUUGUGUUGAUUGAUAAUUGCUUGAGAUCCCUGUUGUCUUUUGUUUGUUGUUAAUCGUGAUGUCUGAUUCUGCUGAAUGCGGUUUACAUCUUAUUGUGGUACAAUAGUUUUUUGGGUUUUUUUUGCCUGUGUAGGUGUUUAUUAUUGUUGUUGUUGUAGUGGUCAUGAAGGCUGGAUAAGUUAGAUGGUACUGUAUUGUUUUUUGGAGGCCCAGUGUAGCACUGACUGGCCUCUCAGCCUCAGUGCCUGGCUGUUUCUUGCCUGUGAUGGUGUUGAUUCUUGUUGUUGUUGUUGUCAUUGUUAUUAUUGUAAUUGUUUUUUUGGAGGCCAAGUGUGAAUGUAGGGAUUGGGGAGGUGGAUGAGUUGUGUUGUCAAAUUUUGUAUUUGUUAUAGUCACAAUGCGUUGUCAGUUUUGUGGGUCCGGAUUGUGGUUUUGUGGUGUGGUUGUAUUGUUACAACUGAGAGGCAAGGCUUUUGCAUUGUUUUGCCAAGUUUUGUAUUUCUGGGGCGUUUAGUUGUGUUGUUAUAGUCAUGAUGCGUUGUUGUGAGUUUUGUGGGUCCGGAUUGUGGUUUUGUGUUGUGGUUGUGUUCUUACAACUGGGAGGCAAGGCUUUUGCAUUGUGUUGUCAAAUUUUGUAUUUCUGGGGCGUUUAGUUGUGUUAUAGUCACAAUGCAUUGUUGUGAGUUUUGUGGGUCCGGAUUGUGGUUUUGUGGUGUGGUUGUGUUGUUACAACCGGCAGGCAAGGUUUUUGCAUUGUGUUGUCAAGUUUUAUAUUUUUGGGGCAUUUAGUUGUGUGCCAAGUUUCGUAUUUCUGGGGCGUUUAGUUGUGUUAUAGUCACAAUGCAUUGUUGUGAGUUUUGUGGGUCCGGAUUGUGGUUUUGUGGUGUGGUUGUGUUGUUACAACCGGGAGGCAAGGUUUUUGCGUUGUGUUGUCAAGUUUUAUAUUUCUGGGGCAUUUAGUUGUGUGCCAAGUUUCGUAUUUCUGGGACAUUUAGUUGUGUUGUUAUAGUCACGAUGCAUUGUUGUGAGUUUUGUGGGUCCGGAUUGUAGUUUUGUGGUGUGGUUGUGUUGUUACAACCGGGAGGCAAGGCUUUUGCAUUGUGUUGUCAAGUUUUAUAUUUCUGGGGCGUUUAGUUGUGUGCCAAGUUUCGUAUUUCUGGGGCGUUUAGUUGUGUUGUUAUAGUCACGAUGCGUUGUUGUGAGUUUUAUGGGUCCGGAUUGUGGUUUUGUGGUGUGGUUGUGUUGUUACAACUGGGAGGCAAGGCUUUUGCAUUGUGUUGCCAAGUUUUGUAUUUCCGGGGCGUUUAGUUGUGUUGUUAUCGCAUGAUGCGUUGUUGUGAGUUUUGUGGGUCUGGAUUGUGGUUUUGUGGUGUGGUUGUGUUGUUGUAACCUGGAGGCAAGCCUUUUGCAUUGUGUUGCCAAAUUUCGUAUUUCUGGGAUGUUUAGUUUUGUUGUUAUAGUCACUGCGCAAACAACUUUAUCAUUUUAUAUAUAUAGAAGAAAGAAGAUAUCUGUGGAAUGUCCAGGGUGGGGGAAAGAACUCUCAUCUAUUUGAGAUACGUGUGAAUGUUGCAAUUUGCUACCUUGAUUAGCAUUUUAAUGGCCCGCUGUUUCAAGGCCUGGCUGAUAGCUGCCUGGGGGAAUCCUUUGUUGGGAGGUGUUAGCUGGCCCUGAUUGAUUCUUGUCUGGAAUUCCCCUGCUUUUUGAGUCUUGCUCUUGAUUUACUGUUCUGAUUUUAGAGUUUUUUUUAAUACUGGUAGCCAGAUUUUGUUCAUUUUCAUGGUUUCCUCCCUUCUGUUAAAAUUGUCCAGAUGCUUGUGGAUUUCAGUGGCUUCUCUGUGUAGUCUGACAUGGUGAUUGUGAGAGUGGUUCAGCAUUUCUGUGUCCUCGAAUAAUAUGCUGUGUCCAGGUUGCUUCAUCAAGUGCUCUUCUAUGGCUGACUUCUCUGGUUGAAUAAGUAUACAGUGCCUCUGAGGAUGCCUGCCAUAGAUGUGGACGAAACAUCAGGAGAAAAUGCUAGUUCUGGAAUAUGGCCAUACAGCCCGCAAAACUCACAACAACCCAGUGAUUCUGGCCAUGGAAGCCUUCGACAACACAUUGUGCCAUUAAUGUUAGUUGGAGGCCACUCUGGGAUCCAGGGAGUUUUAGUUUGUCAAGGGGUGCAUCUACAUUGCUAUUACGCAAUAAAGUCCAGCUUUGAAUGGAGACCAAUGGAAGCUGAAAGACAAUAUGAUCCCAAUAUACAUCGUUUGGAUCACUAUGGCAUGAAGAAAAAGCGGGUGGCCUUCAUGAUGUGUGUGACAGAAGGAAGGGCUGGUGCAGAAGAGGAUAUUAAAAAAAUGAAAAAAUGGUUUAGAACAUUCAAAUUUACACUUCUAGGAGAUUGCAGAAAUCCAGGACAAGAGACCUUAAUGCAACAACUAAGACAGUUCCGAGAUAUAAUCAACCUGUCAAAUGAAGAAAUUAGCUGCUGUCUCAUUACUCUCAUGAGCCACGGAAAGGCAAAUGGCUAUAUUUUGGACAAAGAUAAUAGAGAAAUAAGUCUUGAUGGAAUAUUUUCACUUUUCAACAAUAAAACAUGUCCAAAACUCCAAGGAAAGCCUAAAAUAUUUAUAAUUCAAGCCUGCAGGGGAGAGCAAAGGGAUUAUGGAACUUUAGUAGCAGGUGGUAAGCCCGUGGAGCCUGAUACAUGGAGCAGACCGAAGCUACCCACUGUCAGCGACUACUUUAUUGUUUAUUCAUCUCAAAGAGACCAUAUCGCUGUCCGUGAUGAAAACACAGGAUCUGAAAUGAUUUCAGCAAUGGAUGAGGUAUUUUCAGAGCAUGGUACACAAUGGCACAUUGGUGAUCUUUUUACUAAGGUGCAGUUGACAGGACCAAGAGAUGGCCUUCUCAGUGGUGGCCUCUCAGCUGUGGAACUCCCUAAUGAAAUCAGAUCGAUCCAAGAAAAAAAAACUGAAUGUGGAACCAAGCUUUUGGAUAAAAGUCUUCAAUGCAAUAAUGUGAAUAUGGAAUGGUGCAAUAAUAACUGGAACAACCUUGAACUAUGAUACUGGAUUACGUGAUUUUAAAAUUGAUUUUAAUGUUUGAUAUGUUUUUAGUGGUUUGUUUUUCAUGUACAGUUAUUUGCUGAUGUAUGUUUGUAUGGCAUCGAAUUGUUGCAAAUAUAUAUGUGAGCCGCUCUGAGUCCCCUUUGAGGUGAGAAGAGCGGGGUAUAAAUAUGACACAUAAAGAAAUAAAUAAAAUCCAGUCAAAUCCUCUGCCAUGCAGGAACUCACAUUCAAACUACUCCUAAGAUAUGGCCAUUCAACCGCUACUUUAAAACCUCCAGAGAUGGAGAUUCCACCACACUCCAAGGCAGUGUAUUCCACUGUUGAACAGUUCUUACCGACAAGACGUAACUUCUAAUGUUUAGGUUGAAUUUCUAUUUCUGCAAUUUCAGUCAAUUGCUUCAUAUCCUAGUCUGUGGAGCGGCAGAAAACAAGACUGUUUGCUUCUUAAUAUGACAUCCUUUCAAAUAUCUAUACAUGGAUAUCAUGUUCCUUCUCAACCUUCUCUUCUCCAAGCUAAACAUACCCAGCUCCCUAAAAUACUCCUCAUUGGCCUUGACUUCCAGACCUUUAACCAUUUUGGUUGCCUUUCUCUGGACAUACAGUAGAGUCUUACUUAUCCAACGUUCUGGAUUAUCCAACGCAUUUUUGUAGUCAAUGUUUCAAUAUAUUGUGAUAUUUUGGUGCUAAAUUCAUAAAUACAGUAAUUAUUACAUAGCAUUAUUGAGUAUUGAACUACUUUUUCUGUCAAAUUUGUUGUAUAACAUGAUGUUUUGGUGCUUAAUUUGUAAAAUCAUAAACUAAUUUGAUGUUUAAUAGGCUUUUUCUUAAUGCCUCCUUAUUAUCCAACAUAUUUGCUUAUCCAACGUUCUGCUGGCCCAUUUAUGUUGGAUAAGUGAGACUCUACUGUAUUAUAGUUCGUUAGUAUUCCAGGUGAUGCCUGACCAAAGCAGAAUACUGUUAUUAUUUGCUUCCCUUGAUCUGAACACCAAUGUGCAGCCUGGAAUCUCUCUGGCUUUUUUAGCUGCUGCAUCAUAAUGUUGACUGAAGCUACUCCGGCAUGAAGUUGGCUCUCCAAUAUAGGAACUCGUACAUGUGUGAAGUGGGGGCCUGUUUUUCAAACCUUUCCAGGGCUCCAAACACCAUGAUCCGGUUUUGCAUCUAGGUAUAUAAUUUGGAUUGUUCCAAAAUGAAUUCAUGAUUCUGUUUGAUCAUGGGGCUCAGCUAUUAUAUCUGGCGCUGAAAAAAAGUGUUAACCUGGAUACAUUUCAUUUCCAUCUUUUAUAAGUGAAAGGUGUAUCAUGUGGUACAAUCACAACUUUGUGUGGGUUCUUGAUUUUUAAUGAUUACCAGAAAUCAUGAAGUACUAAAGCAUAUUAUACAAAACAUUUACUGAAGAGCAUUCAAGUGUGGUUUGCAAAGGAAACACCCUCUACUUUAUGGGGGAAGCUAAAGCUUCUUUGAAGACAUUUAAGUCAGAUAAAUAACCUCAGUAUCUUUCAUUUACAUAUGAGACCUUCAGCACCAUGAUUUCCCAAAUUACUAUCUAGGGGCAUUGAGAAGCACCAGAGGGGAAGCAUCUAAGGGACUUGAAGCUUGAAUAUCUCAGCAAACAUACCAAGUUUCCAUUCUGACUGGAUGAUUUGGGAAAUUGCAGUCUUUUUCAAGCUUUUUUUUUUUAAGCCAGGCGUGGUCCCUCUCAGCAGAACACAAAUGAUUAGUCAAAAUAUUUCUCACCCACAGAGCACCACUAUCAUCUGAUAGUGCAGACUAGUUGAAAGGUUAAAAUUCCACUAUUGGGCUGCAAACUUAAAUUAAAAUCACAUGUCUGGAUAGGAUUUGUGUUUACACAGUUUUGAUACAGUGCCUUUGAAGAAGGCAAAGCAAAGAGAAUACUCAAAGCUUUCUCAGAUGAUGAAGAUCUAAAUCUGUGAUAAGACCAUCCUGCCUUCUGCAGUUUUCGAAUGACACACUUGCCAUGAUGAAAUCGUUUCUUAACAGCAUAUCCAGUCAGAGUGCUGACUGUAAAAUAAAGCAGAUGGACAGAUAGCCAUCCAGAUUGGAAGCGAAACAAGCUGGAGAGCACUAAAGUCUAAGUCUCCAAGAAGGUUGUGCUGACGCUACAUCAUUUGGAUUUAAACCCAGAAAUACAGAAGAUACUUCUGGCAGAAUUUUGUGGCAGCUAAGUGGAAGCUUUUGGAAGAAGCCGAAAGCUGUUUGUUUGUUUUUUAAACGCAGGAUAUUGUAUUGCGGUUUGUGGUAUGUACAAGUUCCCCAUUUUUGUCACUGUUGACAGGUUUUUGCAUUGCUCAAUAAUAAAACAAGUAAUGUGGA